ACUGGCGCCGGGCCGGCUGCGGGCGAGCCGGGCCCGCACGCUACCGCCUUUCCACAACCCGCGGGACCCUUCCAAGCCCGGCCGGGGGGAGCGGCAGAGUCUGCCCGCCGUGCCUCUCCGCACCCUCUCCCGGGGCCCCGGCAGCAGAGCUGUGAGGGGAGCGCCGCGCCUCCCCCGCGGCAGCCGGCGAUGGAGCGCGGCGGACCGGAGCCGCCGCCGGCCGCCGCCGCUCACCAGGUAGAAACAGAUGACCAAACAGCCCUCGUUAGCAAGCCCAGGAAUAAAGGAGGAAACAGUGAUCUGGCUUCAGCUGGUUUUAACAUUAUCAACUCUAUCAUAGGAUCAGGCAUUAUAGGAUUGCCAUAUUCAAUGAAGGAAGCUGGUUUUCCACUAGGAGUAUUGCUUUUACUUGGGGUUGCCUUUAUCACAGAUUAUUCCAUUAUAUUACUGAUCAAAGGAGGAAACCUUUCCAGUACCAACACCUAUCAAGAGCUGGUCAGAAAAACAUAUGGUCUUGUAGGCUAUCUAAUUCUUUCAACUCUUCAAUUUUUGUAUCCAUUUAUUGCUAUGAUUAGUUACAACAUAAUAACAGGAGACACUUUAACUAAAGUUUUUCAGAGAAUUCCUGGAGUUGCACCAGAUAACAUGCUUACUGACCGUCACUUGAUAAUUCUUCUUACCACCAUCAUCUUUACCUUGCCUUUAUCUUUGUAUCGAGACAUAGCAAAACUGGGAAAGGUAUCUCUUAUUUCUCUGAUUUUAACCAUUGUCAUCCUGGUUAUUGUGAUGGUGAGAACAGUAACAUUGAGUCCACAAGUACCCAAAUCAGAAAACGCAUGGAUAUUUGCAAAAUCAAAUGCAGUACAAGCUGUUGGGGUGAUGUCAUUUGCAUUCAUCUGCAACCAUAACAGCUUUUUAAUAUAUGGAUCUCUGGAAGAACCUACAUUAAAGAACUGGUCUCGAGUCACACAUGUGUCUGUCUCACUCGCUUUUGUUAUCAGUGUAGUGUUUGCUGCAUGUGGAUAUAUGACUUUUACAGGAUACGCAGAAGGAGAUAUAUUUGAAAACUACUGUAGAGAUGACAACCUUGCUACAUUUGGAAGGUUUUGUUAUGGAGUUACUGUAAUUCUGACCUUCCCCCUUGAAUGUUUUGUGACCAGAGAGGUGAUUGCCAAUGUGUUUUUCCAUGGGAACCUCUCGACAGUUUUCCAUAUUAUUGUGACAGUAGUUAUCGUUACUGUGGCGACUGGUGUAUCAUUAGUGUAUGAUUGCCUUGGAAUAGUUUUAGAGCUGAAUGGAGUUGUGAGUGCUACCCCACUUGUUUUUAUCAUCCCAACAGCGUGUUAUCUAAGGCUGUCCAAAGAACGAUGGAACCAUUCAGAUAACCUCAUAUCCUGCCUGAUCCUUGCUGUCGGUGUGUUAGUGAUGACAGUUGGGUUUGUUAUGACUCUCUUGCAUCCCCAGGAAUGUAGCCAUGGAAAAGAAAUGUUCUACUGCUUCUCUAGUAAUGUUUCUUUUCGCAACAGCACACUUCCACCAUAGGUAGCAGGUCAAUCUCCAGACUUGAUCAGGUACAUCUCACGAGCCAUAUAUGUCAGUUUGAAGGAGAGUGGAACAAAGAGCUUUUAUGUUUUGAUAUGCACUGAGAAUUUUAAACUGUAUAACUGUGUUUGCAUACAUGGUUUUAUGCUGCCAUUCUUUUCCAGGUAAGACUUAAGAUUUAGUUGUUGAAAUAAAUUUUCAGAGACUCCUUUCAAUAGACAUUACUUGAAAAAUGUGCAAACCUAUCCAAAAAGGCUACAUUUUUUUAACUUAGUCUGCAAUGCUGUUUAAAGGCUGGAAAUGAAACAUUUGGGAGUGUAAACAUCUCCAGUGUUUCAUUGCUUUUUUUAUUAAUUUUAUGAUAUUUUAAUCUUUUAAUGUAUAUUUAUUAGCACACAAUAGUCUGGAGUUUUUUUGAGGUGCUGAAAAAAAAAAUUAUGUCUGAAUCUCUCUCUGUGUAUUAAAUUUCUGCUGUUAAAUUGAAGAACUUCUAUUGAUUCUGUCUUUGAUUUUGCAGUUAAUUCUGGUUUAGUGCUGAAAGCAUCCCUUGUACUGGCUCUUGAGUCAAGGGCAACUUUGUAUGUGGACUGAACUGUAACUGAUACAAUUUAACUGUAACUGUUACAAUUUGUGGUCUUCUAGUUAAAAGAUUUUUUUGUAAAUAAAUCCACAUGGGUGAACUUGGAGAUUCCAGUAAAUGGUCUUUGUAAAAAUAUCAAGAUUGACAGAGAAGAAAAUGGCAUGUGUAACAAACACAGCUUGAUUCUUACGUUUAUAAUGCUAUUUAUUAUUUCUGAAAUUGGAUUGAAACAUUGCUAUAUGCCAGGCAUGUGCAACUUGAGCAAAUUGUGUUAGAAAACAUUCUAAACUUGGUUGUCAUUCUAGUCCUCUAAUUCUUUUCAGUAUAUGGUGAUUGAUUUUAUCAUGGUUUGUUAAAUGUUGGUGAUUUAUUAUGUCCUCCAAAAUUAAUUUAACAUUAAGGAUUCAUACAUGUGUAUGUACAUAUAUACAUGUGUAUAUAUAAAAACACACAUACACGCCUAUAGCAUAUGAGUAAUUUGAAGUUGAGUAAUAUGAGUAUCCUUUAUAUCAGUGCUGGAAUUUUGAAAAUGUUUUGUUAUCAAAUCAAACUGUGUACUUUUGAGUUAGACUUUGCAUUAUUGUGAUCAUUGUGGUGCCCUUCCUUCACAACUAGAUACAUAAUGCUACUCCAUUUUUGUGCUGCUAAAUGAGAUGGUGAUGGUUUUUGUCUUCAGUUCAUCCUGCAUGACAAAGCUAUUUCAUUCAAGACUUCUAGCUAAAUAGAUUGUUAAGCAAGGAUUGCUAGAUGGUGAUAAUACUCAUAAGAAUAACACACAUUUUAAAAGCAGUGCUUUCAUAAUAAAUGUUUUAAGUAUUAUUGAGGGCUUUUGGGGUGGUGGAGAUUUUUUUGUUUGUUUCUUUGUUUCUUUUUAAGUUGUAAAACUAUGAGUGCUGGGAGUGCUAUUCUACUUCAAUUUUCCUACAGAGUCAGCUUUGGGGGUGAUAAUUUAUCUGCUGUCCAAGUACCUGGUACUGUUGAUAGAGAAUAUUUUUCACCAGUUCAGACCAAGCAAUGCUGAUUUUGUCUUAGCCAUGAGUGAGUAGUCACUGGAUGGAUUCCCUUUCUUCUAUGCCGAAUGGAGUUAAAUUAUAUUUUUUCAUGACAGCUAAUGAGAACUUUCUGAUGAAUCAGAAAUCUCUCAUGAGCUUUUCUGUUCCUUUUUUCUUAUUUUUUUUAAAUUUAUUUUGUUGAAGUAUGUUACCCUAUUUCAAGUACUAAUUCUAAGCUACCCUUGCUUUAGAGUGUCAAUGGAAUAAUUUGUAGGAUACAUUGCAGUAUUACUUGUUCAACUUAAAGAUUCUACUGAGGCUGCGUCAAUAUUAACUCAUGUUUACCUGUCCUUUAUGAAGGACAAGUCUUUCUAUGCCUUUCUACUGUGUAAAUGCAGAUUUAAAGAAAAUUUGUUUCAUGGUGCUUUAUAAUUUGAAAAGUGUAAAGUCUGAGGUAGUAAUGGUCAAUUAAAUGUUUUCAUUGCUGAUAAAGCUU